UACACAAUAAUAUAAAUUUUACACAUUAUUUAAUUUUAACAAUGGCUCCUAAGAGUCCUAAAGCUCCUAAGAGUCCUAAGGCUCCUAAGAGUCCUAAGGCUCCAAAGAGUCCUAAGAGUCCUAAGCGUAAAUUAACGAAGGAACAAAGAAAGGAAAAGAAAGAAGCUAAGAAACAAGAAAAACUGAAAGCCCAAAUUGAAGCGAAGAAGCAGUUGAAGAGAAAUGAGCUCCAGAGGGAAAUUGAUGCUCAGGCUCAAAAACGACAAGAAUUGGAAGAGAAAUGGCUCGACAUGAUGCUGAAUAUUAAACUACCAAUUAUAAGAAAGGACAUUGAAGCCACGUAUCACUCCUUUGAAAGAGUCUACGAUAAGAAACACUAUUACAUAACACAUGUUCUAAAAUUGAUAAACGUUGCUGAUGAUCAGUUUCAGCGCACGGUGGCAAGCUAUUGCGAUACUGUAGAUGCUAUGAUCAAUAAGUUUCUAUCAGACUUGGAAGAAAUGUCAAAGGAAAACGGUCGAAAAACUGCCGAACUUCUAAAAUAUACUGAAGAUGACUUUGCGGAUAUAUCGACGAAACAUGAUGGUGCAGAAACACAUUUGCAUCUUCUCAUAUAUCACUCGCACACUGUAGCAGAUAACUUAGCUUGGACCACUCGAGGAGAAUUUCUGGUUAAAGAAGAUGACGACCGAAUGGGAUUCACCAAUAUCCGCGAAAGUCUUUGCUCAUUCCUGGAAAAUACAUAUAAUCUUAUGUGGGAGGAUUACAAGGCUGUGCUCAGGGAAUAUGUGGCUAACACUUCAGAAAACCAAAAGAAAGGGCGUAGACUCAGGCAAAAAGAAAAUAUGAUGGCGGAUAUAAUAGCAAAGCAAGCUAAAAGAAUAGCUGAUGAUGACAACAUACUUCGGAGACUGCGUAAUGAAUUGCAAGCUUAUGAAUCGGGAACCAAGCAGGCAGCCUACCGCGACCGGCGCAACCGAUACCGCACUGCUUGGAAUAAAAUGAAACAAAAUUUAAUUACAUCAAGUGAACUAGACUUCCAGCAAAUGGAAGCACUUGUACACGAGGCCAAUUCAGCUAGCGAUUUCUUAAAUAAAUCUCUUCAAAAGGCAGAUAAAAUCCUUCGCAUGGCUGCUCUAUGCCGGCGAUUAGAAACGUUACGUGAAAAAGUAUUGCCGUUUGGGAGUGACCAGCCUCAAACUGACACUGAUGUAGAGAAUAUUAAUGGCCGAUCUGAAUACGUAGACCCGUUGGUGCUUAAUGCUAUAUCAAACACGUCAGGCUUGGCAAGACUCUGGCACCGCGUUUCAAGGGCCGAACUUACUAGAAGAGCUUUACAUCGAGAAAAGCUUUUACUGCAACAAGAAAACGAUGAUAUUCUGUUGCAAAUAGAGACUUACAGAGCAGCUAAAAAUACAGUUGGGUGUCCGCUGACAUGCAUUAGCGUGAACCCCAACAAAGGUGAUAUGUCGAAACCAGUAGCUGAUGAUGGGGAUAUGGCAGUUUCUAAAUAUAAUAUAAAAUUUAUGUGAAUACAAUUAAAUUGAGUUGUUGACUUGGAA